AUGGCUGUCUUUACGGACAGGGCGAUUAAAGCAGAUAAUGCGUGGCAAGUCGCUAAGAUCGCACUAGCGCAGAACAAAGCGGACAUUACAACUUUGACAGCCCUCAGUGUUAAUAUCACUGGACUCUGCGUUCUGUUUGACGACCUUUGCAAUAAGAUUGCUGCCGCCAAGGACGCUCUUUACAACAUCAAAGAGCUAUUCGACAAACAGUCCCAAAACUUCGGUGACGCAAUCAACAUGUUCAGUACUGCUGAUGAAACUCUUGACGAAAGUCUUUUCUUCCAAAAACUGAUGCUGCAAGACUCUAUCGAUCGGGCAAUUGGAGCAUUCAAAAAGGUAUGCUGA